AUGGAAAUGAGAGAGCUCACCUUCAAGUAUGCGAAAACUUUUGGUCUGACUGCCAAUAGCGCUUGCAAAGCCGCAAUGGGCAUUUUGAAAAGCGGUGGAUCAGCUCUGGAUGCUGUUGAGAUGGCCAUCAUUGUAAUGGAGGAUGACGAGAUGACAAAUGCUGGCUAUGGGAGCAACCUGACGAUCGAAGGAGCUGUCGAAUGUGAUGCUACUAUUGUCGACCACCAUGGCAGGAGCGGCGCCGCUGGAGCCGUCUCGCAGGUGAAAAAUCCGAUCUCUCUAGCGCGAAUGCUACUUGAAACCUCUGCAAAGCCUUUAACUUGCCACAGAGUGCCUCCAAGCUUCCUCGUUGGUGAGGGUGCAACGGACUUUGCUUAUGAGCAAGGAUUGGUCAUACUGCCUCCUGACGGUCUCAUAUCGCGCUUUUCGAAAGAGAGAUGGCACCGCUGGCUGCAGGAUCUCGAGGCUGCUGAACUGGUCGAAAGGAAACGGGAUCCUUCACGUUUUCGCAUGGAAGAAGAUAGAGCAUCCUUCCUUCGUCGGCCAAUGCUGAAUCGUAAUCCCGCCCGCCUCAUUGACAAUACUCGUUUACGCCCACAUCUACCCAGCUCUCCCUUUACCGGAGUCGACUUGCUGAACCCUCUUCCUCGUCUCCAGGCUCCUGUAGGUGGACAAAGUAUAGCUCCUGCACCACCAGCUAUGGCUUCUAACCAUGGACACGGCAUGUGUCCUGCAAGUGGACAACCUAUGGAUGUGGCAGGUGGACAAAGUAUUGCUCCCGCACCUGAGCAAGGUAUGGCUGCCUCAGCCAACACCCAUGCAGAUGGUGCGACUUUCCGCGCGAACCCUACAACAGCACCUUGUGCACCUGACACUACUUCCAUGCAUGCUCACCCAGACGCUGCAGAUGAGGAUGAAGAUAUGAUCAGCGAUACAGUCGGGGCUAUAGCUGUAGACUGUUAUGGCAAUAUUGCGGCAGGUUCUUCCUCUGGCGGGAUUGGCGCGAAGCAUCGCGGUCGAAUUGGGCCUGCCGCGCUGGUGGGCAUCGGCACCUAUGUGAUUCCUGUGGACACCAGCGAUCCCGAACAAGUAUCAGUCGCUUCGAUUACAUCGGGCACAGGCGAGCACAUUGCUACAACUAUGGCUGCGCAGACGUCAGCUGCAAGACUCUAUUACUGUCAAAAGAAGCGUAAGGACGGCACUUUCGAAAAUGUAUCCGAAGACGAAGCUAUGAAUGCGACGAUAGCCACUGAGUUCAUGGAGCAUCCCGGCGUGAAAGCAAGCCCUUGUGGAGGCGCUAUCGGAAUCUUGACUGUCAAGAAGACGAAGGAUGGGAUUUUCUUCUACUUUGGUCAUAAUUCUGAUUCUUUUGCUCUCGCUUCCAUGAGUAGUGAGGAUAGGAAACCGCUGUCUGUGAUGUCUCGCAACCAGGGAAAUUCGACUAUUGCUCAAGGUGGCCGCGCCUAUCGGGCCAGAAGAUAA